CUUAGUCGUGGUGAUGCGGAGAAACUAUUGCAAAAAAAUGGUCAAUUUCUAAUUCGACAAAGUGUAAACAACCCUAUGCAAUUUGUAUUAAGCGGCAUGAUCGAUAACGUACCACAUCACGUUCUUGUUACUAAUGAGCAAGGCAUAGUAAGU